AAAGCAUAAAAAUAGCAAUGGUAAGUUAAUUUAUAUUAUGCAAAUUGUAGGUAAAAUUAGAUUGAAUUAUAUAUCGAACACAUUAAUAACACCUACGUAUUAAUGUUAUGUUAAUAAUCAUUUGCAACAAUAUUUUAAUUAAGCAUUUUCGUAAUAGUUAUCAUUUUUAUAAUUUAAUCUGUCUUCUAGUUACAAAAAGAUGUCAAACUGGAUAAUAUAUGUAAAACAUGGCUAUUAGAAAAACACAUUGAUUUCUUAAAAUCAUUUGGUAAAGAAAGGAAUCAAUAUGUAAGCAAUAACCUAUAAUUUUAUUUUGAAACAUUAUAAACUAAAAUGUCACUGUGUACACUAUGUAGGAAAGCAAUAUGAUGGAAUUCCUUCGUAUGUCUGGCAUGUAUUGGGGCUUAACAGCAUUACACUUGAUCAAUAAUGGACAAAUACCCAAAGAAGAGGAGAUAUUUGAAUAUAUUAAAAGUUGCGAACACAAUAAUGGUGGAUAUUCACCAGCUCCAGGUCACGACCCUCAUUUACUGUAUACACUCAGUGCUGUUCAAGUUAGUGUUAUUUGAUAAUAUAGCUCCAUAGAGAUGUUACAUUUAUUUUGUCCACAGAUUGCUUGUUUACUAAAUCGAGAAUCGGAGUUACCUAUUGAAAAGAUUGUGCAAUAUGUAUCUUCACUUCAAUUAAAAGAUGGGAGUUUUACUGGUGAUAAAUGGGGAGAAAUUGAUACUCGUUAUUCGUUUUGUGCAUUAGCUUGCUUAUCACUUUUGGUAAAUAUAUUUUAAAUACUUAUUUUGUAGGUAGAUAUUUCAUAUUUUUUUAAUAAUAUAUUUGGUUUAAACAGGGUAAACUUAAUGAAAUUGAUUUAGCUAAAUCUGUAGAAUUUAUAAAGAGUUGUCAAAAUUUUGAUGGGGGAUUUGGAUCGCGACCCGGAGCUGAAAGUCAUGGAGGUUUAAUAUACUGCUGCGUUGGAGCAUUGUCUAUAGCGGGUAUGAUUGAAAAUAUUAAUAUUUCAAUUAUAUUCAAUUUAAUAUUUUAUUGGUGGUAUCUUUAGUGUAUAAUUUGCAAUAAUUAAAAACAUUAUUUUUGUUUAUGUUAUUGAUUAUUGUUACAUUAUUUUAGGACGUUUAGAUAUUGUUGAUGCUGAUACAUUGGGUUGGUGGUUAGCUGAAAGACAACUACCAUCUGGUGGACUUAAUGGCCGACCUGAAAAAUUACCUGAUGUUUGUUAUUCUUGGUGGGUAUUUUCAACAUUAAAUAUUCUGGGACGUGACCAUUGGAUUGAUAAAGAACAAUUAAAAAAUUUUAUUUUAGCAUCUCAGGUAAUGACAGUGCUUUUAAUAUUAAAAUAAUAUCAUUUAUAAUAUUUUUUAAUUUAUCAACAGGAUAAUGAAGGAGGUGGAUUUAGUGAUAGGCCUGGAGAUGAACCAGAUCCAUUUCAUACUCUCUUUGGUAUUGCAGCAUUAUCAUUAAUGUCAUAUGAUAAAAUUUUACCAAUAGACCCUACCUAUUGUCUACCAAAGACUGUUAUUAAUAGGUUAGGUUUAAAACCGCAAACUUUAUCUCGCCCUUAAAAAGUAAGUUUACACAAUUUUGUCAAUGUUAUUCAUGCACAAAUAUUAAAAUGUAAAAACUUAUAUACUUAAAUAUUGAUGUACACUGAUGAGCUAAAUAUGUCUUUUAUUUGUAUUUUAAUAUACUGUAACUUUCCAAAAAUACUCACAUUUAAAUAAAAUUAACAUACAAUUCAAAUAUUUUUAAAAAGAAACCUUACAUAUUGAUAUCAUAAGUUAGAUUAGAAGUAUGUUAUCCAAAAAUAAUAUUUUAAACUUCAUAGCUUAUUUGUAUAUUACAUUUCAUUCUCACUAUAAAAUAAAUAAAUAUAAGCCAUUAAUAAUAACUAGGGUCUUAAAUAUAUAGAGUAGAUAAAGUGUACUAGAAUUGUUAUCUAAAAUAUAACAUUUUUGUUGCUCCAAUUCAAUAUAAUAUAAGUAAUAACAUUAAUUAUAAUGUAGCCCAUGACAAAAUAAAUAGGCAUGCCAGCAACUUAGUUAUAUGCACAAAGUUAUGCGUUAUAAGUUUAUUAUCAAUUGUAGUCAUAUGAGUAUACAGACUUAAAAUAUAUUAUAUGUUUAUGUAUCAGUAUUAUGUUGUCCGGUUAUCGUAUAGAGACGAAAGCAGACAGCCAUGUUUGCGUGAAAUCUCCUGUGGAUAUUACUGUUUUAUCUAUUUAGUUUUUCAUGUAAUAGUUAAUAAAUUCAAGACUUAAAUAGAUGUCAAAUUUUUGGUCAUAAUUCUUUUAAAAGCUUCUUGGAUUAAUGGGGUGCACAAAUAUUCCUAAGUUAGUUAUAGUUAAUGAAUCAAUGCAUUUUAUUUGAAUCUAUAGACAUAAUUUAAUAUUAUGUAAUUUAUUUAUUAAUUUUGUAAUAUUCAAAGUGGAUACAAAUUGACGACUGACACUCAUUUUUAGUUUUGAAACAUUUAUUAACAGAGACUAGAUUUAUAUGCUCUUAGAAUGGGUUUAAAAGUCCCCUCCCUCUCCAACAGUUCUUAUUUAUUAAAUAAAAUUAUCGAACACCAAAAAAAUUAUUAACACAAAGUCAUUUUUGCUGUUUCUAUUUUCACAGUAUUUUUAAAUCAGUUUUUUCGCAAAAAGAUAUUUUUGGCUUUUUUUUUUAGAGCAUUUUUCAAUAAUUUUUAGAACAUUUAUAUCAAGGCCCUACAAAUAACCUUAAAUUGACACAUAGAUAUAUUAAUUUAUAGAAACUAGAAAAAUUAAUUAUACAAAGUUUUAUUUUUAUCCUACUUUUUUUUUACAUUUAGGAAAAAUUUUAAUAAAUUCCAUUAAAAUUUCAAUUAUUAAGUAUUGAAUAUAUACAUAUAGCUAAUUUUUUUUAUGAAUAAUUAACAUAGAUAAUAAUAGACUAAUAAUAGAAUAAUAGACUGGUUCAGUUUUAUUUACACAAUAUAAAAUACCCAGCUAAUUAAUUUAUCUUAAGUGGUGGCGAUCCUCGAUUCCUCUCUUUAUGUUUUAAUUUGGAUGUCUAUUAUUUAUUUUUUUGAUAUGUUCUAACUAUAUUUUUCAAUUAAUUUUAGAAUUAUAGCUGAUCUGCCUGAGGCAUUCAUAGGAAUAUUUAAUGUGACACCGAUAACAAAUAACAAAAUGUUUUCAGAAUGCGAUGCAGGGCUUCUAAACCACUAUAAUAAUUAUAUUAGUUGUACAUUUUAUAUAGAUAUAAAGUAUAAAAAUAUAUUAUUAAUAUUGGUACCAACAAAAUUAUUUUAUUUAUUAUUAUUUGUCAUUUAAUUAAUUAUUACAAAACUCGAUACCUAGUUAUUACAAUUAUUUUAGAUAUGUAUUGGCACAAACAAUUUAAAAAAAAAAACAUUUUUAAAAAUAUCACAACUGCUAACAACAAAACUUAUUGAAUUUGAUUAUUAUAUAAAUAUAUAUAUAUAUACAUUUGUAAUGGUCUAAUGAUUUUAAGUAAAUUUGGUUUCUAUUAUUUUUAAUCAUUAUGAAAUUAUUUAAAUUUAAUUUAAAAAUUGUCAACUUUUAUAAUUUAUACAGUUUUAUCUUAAUUGAGUAUUAACUUAUCAUUUUCAAAUGACAACCCCUCUUUUUUGUAACAUAAAAAAAUAAUAAUAAUAAAAAUAAUGGUAUUAUUUUUCAAUUUUUGUAUGUAUAACAUAUCGGAUGUACAAUUUAUAAGUUAUAACUACGGUUAGGGACUUCUAACGUUUGCAUAUUAUGUUUGAAAGAAUAAAAACAGCAGUCAAACAUAAACACAUCAUGUAAAAAAUCUAAAUCCUAAGUUUUAUUUUGCAUACAUUUUUUAUGCAUAUUUUAGUUUUUGCUUUUUAGACCAUAUUUUAGCAGUAUGUAGCUUUUAAGUGUUAUAAAAAGACAUUUCUUAUAUCUUAUCUUAUUGUGUCACGUAUUAUACACACUUUUUUCGAUUUUCAUUGUUCAAAUUCUAAUCACUGGAUCACAAAAGAAUAAAAAAAUAACUUCGUACAUUGUACACAAAUACAUAUUUAAUUAAUUAAUUAAUAUUUAUUGUAAUUUAAAAUUAAAAAAUAUAAAUGAUUAAAUAAAAUUGUAUACUUAAUUUAAAAAAAAAUGAAUGUUCUUAUUUUCAUUUAGGAUGAAUAGAAUCAUUUACACAUUAAGAGGACAUUAUACUUGCAGCUGUCUCAGUCUUUCAAAUGUACGGUGGAGUAAAUUUACAUUCAGCAAUGAAAAUAUUGUGUUGUAAUUUUAAUAAUAGAGCAUAUUUACCUAUUAUCAACCUUUAGGAUAAGAAUGUAUGUAACUUUGGUGCUAUUUUUUCAACAUUUUAAUUUUGAAUAGAGAUAUGAACAUGUGAAAUAUCACAAUUCAAUAAUGUUUAUAUCUUACUUAAAAAUUGAAAAAUAGAAUUAACAUUGCACAGAUGAUAACAUAUUAUUAUCUUAAAGUUUGAUAAUAAGGCAAUUCAGUCUUAAUAUUAAAACCAACUGCAUAAAGUUGUCCCGGCAGAAUGUAAAUUCAUAGAAGUAGUAAAGGUUAAAAAUUAAAAACAAUCCAUACAUUAACGACCUGUUUAAGAGUGAGUAAAUCAUUAGUGUAAAUCUGUAUUAUUUAUAAAUUUCUAAUAUAACAAUAAUAUAAAACAUGUUUAAUAUAAAGUAUAACUAAAGCACUUUAUUGCGAAUAUGAUCUAAGUGUUGAAUCUAGC